CGAGCCGCCAGGGCCCGCCCGGGGCUGGGCCGCCCGGGGGGUGACGGGAAGGGAGGCCGGCCGGGCGCCGGCGAGCCCGGGACCCAGACGCGGCGCGGGCGGGCGCCCAGGCUGCGGACCGGGAUGGGAGCGGGGCCCCGCGGCCGGCCGCGGCACCCGGAGCCCCGCUGAAGCGGCCGCGGAGAGCCCGCGCGGGAGCCGAGAUGUGUCUGCGCCUGGGUGGCCUGAGCGUGGGGGACUUCCGGAAGGUGCUGAUGAAGACAGGGCUGGUGCUGGUAGUGCUGGGCCAUGUGAGCUUCAUUGCAGCCGCUCUUCUGCACGGCACUGUGCUGCGCUACGUGGUUGCCCCACGCGAUGCCGUGGCUCUGCAGUACUGCGUGGUCAACAUCCUCUCUGUCACGUCCGCCAUCGUGGUCAUCACCUCAGGCGUUGCAGCCAUCGUGUUGUCACGCUACCUCCCCAGCAUCCCCCUGCGCUGGACAGUGUUUAGUUCGAGCAUGGCCUGUGCCCUUCUUUCUCUGACCUGUGCCCUGGGCCUCCUGUCCUCCAUCGCCGUGACCUUUGCCACCCAAGGCCGGGCGCUGCUGGCUGCCUGCACUUUUGGAAGCCCCGGACUGCUCGUACUGGUGCCUGACUGUCCCUUCGACCCCACGCGCAUUUACAGCUCCAGCCUGUGCCUCUGGGGCAUCUCGCUAGUGUUCUGCGUGGCAGAGAGCGUGUUUGCUGUGCGCUGUGCCCAGCUCGCCCACCAGCUGCUGGAACUGAGGCCCUGGUGGGGGAAAAGCAGCCACCACAUGAUGCAGGAGAGCCCAGAGCCCGUGGAGGGCCAUGACCUGCUGAGCUGCACCAGCUCUGAGCCGCUGACCCUCUGAGAGCUGGUGGCCCGUCCAGGCCCCGUGACCACUGGGGCCCCCUGCAACCAAGUCUGCACUGUGACCAGGUCAGGAUUCCUGGAACAGACCCGAGAGGUUUCACUGGUCACUCAGGGGCCCGGGUGGGGCUUUCAACCCCUUCCCUCAGCUACCCAGCCCACUGCACUGAAAUGAGACUUUAUUCUGAAGUUAUUAAAAAGAACAGAGAUGC